GCAAAUACUACGUCGCGCCGUCGCGUAUUAUCGUGCCAGACUCGCAACAUGGUUUGUUUGUUAUUAUUUUGCCAAAUAGCUACACAGGCUCGACGUCGCUUCGCGGGUACCUAAAUAAAAGUACCUCGGCGAUCGCAGAAAAUUAGCAGCAACGAAUCGAUAGUAUGCGGAGCGUUGCCGCUGCAGCACGAGGCGCUAUUUUUUGAUCUUACGGAUCAGACUAUUCAAUUAUCGCUCGGACAUGAUCGAUCGCGCUACCGAACUAAGUAAAUGUCAUUGCUUCAAAAACAAGUAAAAUCAAUUCGAGCGGAUAUCUGUAACGUAUCGUGCCAUUUUCUUGGGCGUUGCGCAAAAUCAAGUUGUUGGAGCCAGUCGAAUGAAAAUUGAUUGAUCGUUGCGGCUUACAAUCGAAUUCCGGACGCGACAAUAUAUACCGUUGGCGUAAACUGCUGCACUGGCCGGAGGACUGCAGCGGGCAGGCCUCUAUCAUGCAGACGCAGUCGGUGACAUCGACACGACACAUUCUGCAUCCACACGAUGAAUUAAGUGAAAACAGCUAUUAUCACAAGGAGGAGCGAAGGCGUACUGGACGUUACGUCGCCGUAGCAGCGGCCUUUGUCAUUCUUCUCAUUGGAUUCUUUCACAUUUUUGCGCGAGGCGCAUCGUCAACUAUAGCUGGAAUUUGCAUUCCUGCCGCUAUAAUGGCCACGUAUAUCAUUUGGAUGUUGUACGCGGCUCGCAGAGAUCGAAUAAAGGCAGAGCGACUUGCAUCCAUGGCUCAUCUGGUUGAAGUAAUUAGUGACUCCAGCACAAUUAAAAAAGACUGUGUGAAGAACCACCUAACACCAAUACAUCAAUCUACGACUCAAAAAUAA